AUGAAGUUCAACAGCGCGAUUCUUGUUCUCGCCUACUCAACCUUGAUUUCUGCUGGAACAUCCACUAUCUCGGGUGCCGAAGCUGUCUGUGGAGAUCUCGGAAUUCUUCAGGUCACUCCCGGAAAUCUCCCUGAUGGCGUAGAGCCCUCUGAUCUUCGCCUUUGCGCCGAUCAUCCACUCGGCCGCAACCGUACCCUUGAUCCUGCCAAGGGCGCAUCCCUAGCGCCCGUCGAGGAAGGCGAUGUCCCUGAUACAACCCCAACGGGUGCCUCCAGACUCUUCCACAAGAGACGCUGCUAUUACGGGGCACCGUACGGUUGUUCAGACAAGUACUGCUGGAAGAGCUGCGGUGCGAGCGGGAGCGGCCAAUGGUGCUGGACCGCUACGGCUGGGGGAGUUGGGCCGUGGGCCAAAUGCAAGUCGUGGGAGGACUGCGGAACAAACGGACUCCAAUAUGGCUGUGGAAAGAACUGUGUUCUGCCUGGUGUGUGUGGAUGUAGCUGUUAG